GUACCAGCGUUCCCAAAGUAUACAGCCAAACUGACUUCACACACAGCACAGGCGUGCAAUAAAGAGGCAUGCGUGAUUAAAGAGCAAUAAAACGGGCAAAUUAAAAAAAUCCAUGCUGGCAGGAUGUCGUCAGGCUGCUGCCCCAGCUCUGUGUGUCUGUGUGAGGAGUCAGUGAUAAGAUCCGGAGCAGUGCCGGAGGAGGAAACCAGCGACGACGAGGCGCCGACCAACAUGGAUAUCGCGCUUUUAAAAGAGCAGUAUAACUCAAUCAGAGAGAAACAGAAGCGGGAGACACGGGUGGUUUGCUUUAGAAAAGCUGCAUCAAACAAUGAGGAGAUCUCCGGCAAGGCUCUGGUCAAUGUGGUUCCCAUGCGACAGGCCAGGCGCUCUCUAAUGAGGCAGGCCUCUCUCCAGGACACUCACUUUGAUUUUGUCAGAGAUCAUGAAAGCUCCCCCUGGCGCACUCACCUGGGAAUGUACCGGAGGACCUGUGCAGCGGUUGAUCCCAAUCAACAUAAACACACCAAGGUCAAGACCAGCACCGGAGACUCAAUAUCAUCGACGUCUGUAGGCAAUGGGGAACACAGUGUCGAAAUCACAGAUUCAAGCGGCCAUUUAUCUGAGGAAUGUGAAGGGGUUGAUGAUGACAAAUGUCAAAAAGACUACAGCUCUGAGGAAACCAGGAAGUUUUCUGCACCUGAAAUUCUAACCAGGCGGCUAAGCAGCAGCAGCAGCUGCCGGUCCAAUCACUCCACGACAAGUGCAUACCAUUACCCCUUCCCUCAACUCAAAAGUCCCAGGAAGUCUGAGGCUGCACGCAGACUCGGACUUUACUCUUCAUUCUAAUGAGACUCUACAAACUGCUACAAAAAAAGAGCGAUGUGCAAUACAUUUUUUUAAACCUAAAUCUUGAUCACACAGAUUGUAACGUUGUAUGUUAGUACACCAGGGGCUAGAUACAUGAAAAACUCCACAAAGAAAAAAAAAGAAGAAUCUUAAAAUAAGCACUUAUGAAGUAUCAAAUAUAUUAAAUAUUUCGUAUCAUGCCACAAUUUCUUGCUUUUUUUUUUAAAGGAAACAGCUUUAGUGUAAUAUGGAAAAAUGGGCCUCCUUCACCAGUAUCAUCAAUAUCAAGUUGUUGAUAAAAUCUAAACAAAAGGAAUAUCAGAUUCAUCAUGCUUCAUUCAUGCUCUUAUAAUGAUUGAUUCUUGUAAAUGGAACAAAUCUCACAUUUGAAAACGUAGGUGAAUGUUAGAAUCUUCACAAAAACUCUGAAAUGGGUUUUGGGAAGAAAUUUAUUAAAAGAAACUGUUGGUCAUGUAGGUCAACUUAUUUUAAACCCCUGGUCCAUACAGUUAAAAAAAAAAAAGCAAAAUAUGUUAUUUUGAAAUUGUCACAGAAACUAAUGCAUUUAUCUCUUCAUUACCUGUACAGACUGGCUGAAGCAAUUUGGCCUAUAUUUACACAAAAUCACAAGGAGUGAUUGACACAUUAAAGGACAGCUAAUAAAAACAGAACAUUGACAAAAACAACUAGUUUAGUAAUUCAUUGAAAAAUUAUGUUGAAAUAAAGCCCAGACUUUCUUGAAUCUCGUAAAAAGCAUUUUAAUGCACCUUAGGAACAUUAAUUGAUUUCUUAUGUAAACUACAUGUAAUUUACAGAUAUCUAUAUAUUGUUUCAUAUUGUUUUAUAUCUUAAUCUCAGUGUGAUCGUUAAUGAGCGAUUAGAAGCAAUUCAGUUUCUCGAUUUCUGUAUUGUAAAAGUUCUAGGUUUUCUAGGUUCAUUAGAUGUUACAUCUAUAUCUUAUAAAGGCUUACAUUUCAACUUACAGUCAAGGACAAGGCUGCAAUAUCUUACAGCAAAAAUAAAAGAAUGUAGCAUUUUAGGCAAAUACUUACAAUUGACAAGACAGAAUUAAUAGAUUUCUUUAAAAUAUUUUUUAAAGAACAGGAAUUUGUAUAAACUUUUUGAUUGGGGAAAAAAUCGCAUGUAAGAACAUUUCCUUUUUGAGCACAUGAAUCCAGCCCCUGAACUGCAUUUGAAGUCUACGUAUUGCCCUGCAGUGUAGUUGUGUUUUAGAAGUAACAGCAUUGUCAUUCUGUGUACAUCAAGUGCUUAAAAAACAUCUGCCUCAGAAUUUGCUAAUUACUAGGCUUAGUAAAGUUUAAUAAUCACAGAAUAGUGCAGUCAGUAUGAUCAGGGUGUUUCUAGUCUUUGAUAGUUUUCAGUAAUACUGUUCAGUAAGUUGUUGUCUGACAACAGAUGUCAUAUUUCUGUUUGUACUGUAUGUUUUAAAAAAGAUCUUCACACAAGCUUA